CACAGAUCCCCUUGCUGUGGACACUCAUUGGCCAUGUGUUGUAUGCUGGAGGAUAUCUUUUGUGCAACUGGCAGACGUCUUGGCCCGUUGAGGUGAUCUACUUCGUGACUUUCCUCGAGGCUUUGGGCGGCGCCAACGUGGGUCUCUUGUCCACUGUCACCAGUUACAUUAGUGACAUCUGUUCAGAGAAAUCUCGCACCUUUCGCGUCAGUACAGCUCAUUCUGUGUGGUACCUUGGGGGUCCUGUGGGUACGCUGCUUGGGGCGUUGGUCAUCAAGUACGGCGGCUACAACUUAGCUCUCCUGCUGGUUCUGCUGGCCUACCUCUCGGCCGUCCUGUACGUGGUGUUCGUCAUCAAAGAAUCGCACGGACCUUUCGCCAAGACAAAUUUGCAGCCCCAUGAAUCAGCCAAGCAAGAAGCAAGUCUCGACAGCAAGGAUGUGUCCAAACUGCGCAUGGCGUCCGAUUUCUUCAACUGGCGGCGUGUGGUCGAAUCCUUCAAGACGGCGUUCAGACGGCGCGAGGGCAAUACUCGCAUGUUUAUCAUGGCCAUGCUCCUGAGUAACAUGCUCCGCCGCGUAGCUAGAGGUUUUUUUAUGUACAUGUUCGUGCGCCGUGUUCUGAGCUGGGAGGCCACCGAUUACGGCUACUGGGUCACCUAUAGGAACCUGCUUGCGGCCAUCGGUUCGCUGUUUCUGGUGCCGGUCCUUACCAAGAUGCUGUCUGCCACCGACGCCUCGCUGGCUGUGGUGGGCGCCCUUUCUACCCUCAGUGAAUAUACUUGCUACAGUCUCGUCAGCGGCGUGGCUCAGACGUUCCUCAUGUGGCUCGGACCUCCGAUCGGAAUUAUCUCCAACGCCCUCGUCAUUGCCAUUAGAUCCAUGUCUACUAAACUUGUUGGAAAAGAGGAAAAAGGUCGCAUCAGCGCUGUCAUGGCCGCCACGAACGGGCUGAUGCCCAUGGUCGCCUACGCCGCCUAUUCCCCCAUUUACUACACGACAGUCGACACCUUGCCAGCUGCCCAGUUCUUCUUCGGGGCCUCACUCAACAUGCUUAUUAUGAUCAUAUUCAUAAUCGUUCAGUUAAAGAAUAUAUCGUCGGGAAAAAAUAUAGAAGUCGGCCAGAAUAGCGACAGGAGUCUAUUCAAGGUAUUCAAGAACAGGUCUGCAAUCACUCUGAAAUCUAUGGAAAUAAAUCUGACUAAAUCAAAACGUCAAUUUGAGAUGUCUUCAAAGAAGGAUAGUCAACAUCGAAUUCAUAAAGUUCAGGCAUUCGAGGAGCUUUCAUCCAACGUUAAGAACACAUCCGAAUUACCUGUGGAGCGAACCUGUGUUCCAGUGACCGCUGGCGAUGACGGGAAGGGAAGGAAAGAUGAUUCAAACAAGAAUUGUAAAACUACUUUCUCGGUUCACGAGGCUGACGGCAGAUCAGUGAAGAAGGCUGUCCUCGGUCAUGGUAUUGUAUCGGAGUCAAGUUGGGAGGAAAAUCACGAAAAGGUGUCAUGUGGUGGGAGUGCAUGCAAGGAAAGACUUUGUCCCAGAAGUAGAACGAAGAGUUGCCACGCGGGUUGUUAUAGCAACGAAAUGAGUGAUACAGAAAUUACUGCUUCGGAGUCAUAAGUGAAUC